CWAAUUAAGUGGUUUGAGUACAUUUUGUUUAUCUUUUAUUCCCYACACUGUUCAAUAUCUGUGACAUGUUAUUCCAUAUUAAAACAAUUAUUAAAAAUUCGUCAAACAGAUAAAAACAGCAGGUUCUAAGCAUAGUUUUGUUUUGRAAGAUCUUGCCACUCGCAACAUGGCRAACUCUGCUAGCGGACCGCUUGUACAGGCCAAUAACAGCGUCUACACKUCUUACGUCUAUGUGUUUCAAUGAUCGGACGGGAAUACGUAACAAAUCAGRCAACUAUACAGGGAAGUGAUCGCCGGACUGCUCUGCCUGCUGCUAUCAGUACAGUGGACCUUUCUGUCGUUCUGUACCAGCUUAUGAAGAGAUUGUCGCUCUUGCAAUGGAAAACGAACAGAUGGACAAAAAUGUGUUUUUAUUGACAGGAGGUUGUGGCUAUUUUGGAUUUCGCCUGGCAUGCGCUCUGCAUAAAAGAGGAGCCAGAAUCACUCUAUUUGACACCGUUCCUCCAUGCCAAGAACUUCCUGAAGACAUGAUGUUUGUGCAAGGAGACAUUCGUGAAUAUGCACAAGUUGAGAAGGCCGUGUUUGGUGUAGACUGUGUGUUUCACAUUGCCUCUUAUGGGAUGUCUGGCAGAGAGCAGYUGAAUAGACAUCUGAUUGAGGCAGUCAACGUUCAGGGGACGAAGAACAUCCUGAGRGCUUGUGUGGAGAACGGAGUGUCAAGGUUGGUUUACACCAGUACUUUCAACGUGGUGUUCGGAGGCCAAGUGAUAGAGAAUGGCGAUGAAAGUCUUCCUUAUCUGCCGCUCCACCUUCAUCCCGACCACUACUCUAGAACCAAGUCCUUGGCGGAGAUGGCAGUGCUACAGGCAAACGGAGCAGCUCUGUUUGGUAGCCCUGGGGUGCUGAGAACCUGUGCCCUGCGCCCAGCGGGUAUCUAUGGGCCUGGUGAGCAGAGGCACCUGCCUAGGAUAGUUAGCUACAUAGAGAGGGGGAUCUUUAGGUUUGUUUAUGGUAGUCCCARMAGUUUGGUGGAGUUUGUCCACGUGGAUAACCUUGUGUCUGCCCACAUGCUAGCUGCAGAGGCUCUAACUUCAGAGAAGCAGCAUCGCUCUGCUGGCCAGGCUUACUUCAUUUCGGAUGGCAGGCCGGUCAAUAACUUUGAAUUCUUCCGACCUCUCGUUGAAGGCUUAGGCUACCCUUUCCCAAAACUCCGCUUCCCCAUCUCUCUCAUCUACCUGUUUGCCUUUCUCACCGAAAUGAUUCACCAUCUCAUCGGCCCAUUCUACAACUUUCAGCCCCUKCUGACUCGCACYGAGGUGUAUAAAACUGGAGUUACGCAUUAUUUCAGYAUGGYGAAGGCCAAAGCRGAGCUGGGAUACGAGCCGCAGGACCACAACCUGGACGAGGUGGUGCAGUGGUUCAAAAGCAGAGGCCAUGGGAAGAGACGUCACGGCUCCGUYUUCAGGAGAUUAAUACUCAACUUUGUGUUUGUUUCUGCUUUUAUUGCUGUGGUUUUGUCGUUUCUGCCGGUUGCUGGCAGCUGAUGAAAAGCUCUUCAAGCUACAACCAGUCAAUCAAAAUGAACUUAUCCAGCACUUUAGUGUAACACAAAGUGCUUCAGAUGCUUGACGAAGAAACAGAUUMUUUGCUUUUUAUGUUUUAAUUGAUCUAAAAUCUUCAUACUUCAACGCAGAAAUCAAUUAUGUGUUUCAUUUGAAGCUAAAAAAAAGAAAGCUCUGGGACUAACCUGUCUUUGUUGCUUAUAAUGACUCAAACAACACUACCUCUCUGUUUUCAUUCAGUCGACGGGGAUAAAGAUUCAUAAUUACAUGUUUUAUUGAUAUACUUUAACGGUAUUAUAAGAAGUUAAUGAAGUCUGACAAUUGUGAUCAACAUCCAUUGUUUUUUUUUGUUUUUAAAGUCAAACUCGGAAUAUUAACAAUGUUUUGGGAAUAAAAAUACGAUUUUGUACUCUUACAUUAAAGUUCUGCUCUUUCAGUAGGAGGUAUUGAUGGUAUCUCAAAGCAAUCAGCUGGACUUCCUUGGAUAGAUUGCUUUUUACAGCUUUGACUGUACUGCGUUAGAAACAGGGCUGAGUCACACUGUAUGUAAUUGGAUCUGAAUGUGACUUUACUGAAAUAUUUUGAACUAAACUCGGACCAAAUUGGAUUAUAUGCUUCUACAGAUGAAUUGUAUGUCAUUGUAAAGUGCCUUAAGAUAGCAUUUGUUACACUUUCACACUGUAAAUGAACUGAAUGAAUUUGUUUGUAUGGUGGGGUUCUUA